CAUAAGAAUCUGUCUCUCUCAGGGUGACCACUCAUAAGCACAACGCUGCACUGAGGUAAGACCCUGUCUUCAUCUGACUUCAUCUGACUGAUGCUGUUUUAGGAGGACACGGUUCAUGCAGCUGGUAACUGUUCUUCAUGAGCAAAGUGUACAUCAGUCAUCGGACUUUGAGAAGAGGAUCCCUGCAACUAUAGGUCAAAGUUUACGCUCCCUGUCUGUCACUCUUUAGAUAGGUGCAACACUAUGGAGGGGCUAGAGAGCAGCACGUAAGAGGUGGGGCGGGUCACCGGAGCAGAAACAUUGAGGACCAAUCCAUAUUGAGGUCUGUGAUGCGAAGCGGAGAGAGCUUCUGUGAAUAUCGUGACGGAAGAUGGGAUGUCUUUGACUGUGCAGCGAAAUGAACAUGACCUUCAUUCUGCCCUGAGUCUAGUAACAAGUAAAGACUUUGUCCAGCUUGUAGAAGCAUCCGGUACCUAAUAGAAAGAAACAGAAGGUGGAACAAAGGGAGGAGAGAGAAGGAGAGAUUGGAGAGGUAGAGUGUGGACGAGAGAAGAAGAAAAAUAAGAAGAGUACAGAGUGGAAGUGAGAGAGAGAAAGAGACCCAUUUUUCAAGAUGGAUCUGAGUCUGCUCAAGGCUCUGGAACGAGAGAAGGUUCUAGAGGUUCUUCAGAGGGACAGACUUCUGCGCAGCACGGAGGAGGACAGGAUCAGGAGGCUGAAGAUGGAACUACAGGACAUCCGGAGGAAAGGUGCAAAGAGUUUUGCCCGGCAAUACAGCGAGAGGACGUGCGCCCGUUGUCAGAGGCCACUGGGCAAGUUCUGGAACUCGGGCGCUGUGUGCCGAGGCUGCAGUCACCGCAUCUGCAACAAGUGCCGCGUGGGCGUGUCCAUGCUGGACUGGAAGUGCACCGUCUGCCACGCCUACAGAGAGGUGAAGUUCAGGUCUGGGGAGUGGUUUGUAGAAGAGAGGGCCAAGAAAUUUCCACCUGAUGCAGAUAUGCAUGAGACUAUUGGGGAGAAACUACUGAAGUCCUACCAGAGGUUGAGUCAUAUAGCAGUCGUGCCGCCAACCCCUCCACCCUAUUACGACGGUCUAUCCGUUAGUAGAUCAGGGGGACUGAAUAACUCCUUGAAAAAACCCUUCACCAAGUCUAUGGAGGAUCUGAUGGUUUCCCUCACCAGCCACAUGAGAAGGUUCUCCAGAUCACAGGAGGAUGUGCGAGUGGAACAGGAUCUGCUUACAGUGUACAAUAGACAGGGACAGAGUUCUGGCCAGAAAAGCCUCUCUGACACGAACAUCAACAAAUCCACCAAUCUAACCAAAGGCCCCAGUCUUCCCAACCUGUUCAGGAGGAGCCGAAAUGACGACCAAAGCGGUUCCUCAUCGGGGGCUGAUGAGGACAUUUCCCUCGGCUCAGAGUACUUAGGGGGAAAGAGGGGCAGUAGUGCUAGUAGCACUGGUACAGACUGUGAUCUCUCGGAGAUCAGCAGUGUGAUGGGAGAGCUAGAGCUCGCCAUCGCCUUCAACGACCUCACUUCCUGCCUGGAGAUCACAAUCUGCGGCUGCAGAAACUUGGCCUAUGGAGAUCUCAAAAGGAAGAAGUGUAAUCCGUAUGUAAAGGUUUAUCUACUGCCGGAGAAGUCUCAGAGCACCAAACUGAAGACGACUGUCAAGAGGAACACGACGGAUCCCAUUUAUAAUGAAGUUUUACAGUGCCAGAUGGAGCGCCCCCUGUUGUCCAGGAGUACUCUGCAGGUGUCUGUGUGGCACUAUGGGACUCUGAAGAAGGUGUUUCUGGGAGAGGUUCUCGUCCCUCUGGAGGGGUGGAUGUUUGAGGAGAGCAACACCCAGGGCUCCAGCUGGUACCCCCUGUGUCCCAAGCCCGAGAGCCCAGAAAGGAGUAGAGUAGAGCAGGAUACAGCAGGAGAACUCCUGGUCAGAGUGAAGUUCAGCUCCAUGUCCCAGCCGUCCUGGGUUUGCCACACAGAUGAGGUUCACAUUGGACCACAUGACGUUGGCCAACUGACUGUUCUCGUCACUGGUGUCAAAAAUCUACCCACUAAAGCAAACACCUGUCAGAACACCUAUGUUAAAGGGUGCUUGACUCUCCCCGGGUCCAGGGAGCUGGUCCUGAGGACCCCUGUCCUGAAGAAGAAGCCCAGUCCAGAGUGGUCUCACCAGCUGCUCUUCAGCAGGGUCACACCUUACGAGCUUCAGAUCUGCACUCUGGAGCUGGACCUCUGGAACCAUAUCCCCUUCACCUUCUCAGACCGUCUCCUGGGCUGGGUUAGAAUGGAAGCUGGGUCGUCAUGGCAACUGGUGCUGCAGAUGCCCAACAUGUGGCAUGACUUCAGUUUACCCAUGCAAGCCAAUGUCAACAGCAGGAGAACAUGAUGUCAACAGAAAAGCCCGCCGCCCCAUAUGAACAGUCUCAGUACAUGAACGCUACCUUUAGUGCAAAUGGAGCUAUCAGGCCUGCGCUCUGUGAAAGUCCCUCCAGUUAGAUAUUUACCUACCAUUUGAUGACUUAUGUAUUAAAGCGAUGUUCCACUCAAAAUGAAACCUAUUGUUUUUAUAUUUCUAUGUUCAAAAUACAACCCAACAUUGUUUUUUAUACUUUCCUUGGGACAUCGGCAACAACUGAGGUGUGGGAAAUCAUGUUAGAUUGUAUUUUGAGUGGAAUGUGCUUUAAGCAUGCUCACCUCAUUUCUUUCGUGAGUCAUUGUGAGG